AUGCUCCGGCAGAAACCUACAACAUGUCUGCUUUGUUCAUUCAGAGCAGCUCAAAAUCCGCCAAUUCAAAAAUGGCCUAGCAGAUCUAUGUCCAUGAGAUCCAGACUACCCAGUCGACCAAAUCGCAUGAGUCUGGCAGGCGCAGGAAAAGUUAGUUCGUCGCCAACAAAAGAGGGACCGGCAAGGAGAAAGCAAGAUGGACCUUUCGGGGGAAUGAAUCUGCGAGAGGCGAAAAUUCGUGGAGUUCCAGAACGACCAUCAGCAGCACAAGAACGUCGAUCAUCGAGGCUCGAUCGCGGGGACAAAGAUGAUAAGAAAAGCAGAGGAUUUCACGCAUUGAAGAUGCAGAGGGCUCUUUCGCCCGUUUCAUACACAAGGAGGUCGGAUAUAAAGGAUAGGAUAAAGGAACUAGAUAGCUUCGAGCAAUUCGCCCUGUUAGACAGUGUGAAGGAAGCAAUCUACAAACAGGCUCUUCCAGAAAUCGAAAGCCAUGUUCCGACACCGGUACAGAGGAUUGCCAUACCGGCCUUACUUGGGAAUCAACAGAAGAAGGGAAAGCAAAGUGAGAGUGAGCAGUAUUUGAUUGCUGCUGAGACUGGGUCAGGGAAAACAUUGUCAUAUUUAAUACCAACGAUAAAUGCAAUCAAAAUUGCAGAGGCAAAGGAUGCGGAGAUCGAAGCCUAUGAGAAAGAAUUACAGGAAGAGAAAUUACGACAAAAUAACUUAACAUUGGUCUCACCACCUUUAUCAAACAUGCCACAUCCUACAACAGGUAGGCCGAGAGCAAUCAUACUUGUGCCUACAUCCGAACUGGUGACUCAGGUUGGAACACUUGUGAAGGCGUUUGGACAUUCAGUUAAAUUCAAAUCGGCCAUGAUUUCCUCUAAUUUCUCUGGGAAAGUCAUCCGUAACCGUCUUUUCUCUCCAUCUGGAAUCGAUAUACUUGUAUCUACCCCUCAUCUUCUCUCCUCUAUUGCGGACUCCGACCCAAACAUUUUAUCUCGCGUCACUCAUCUCGUAAUUGAUGAAGCCGACUCUCUCUUGGAUCGAGGUUUCUCCCCCUUAACAUCAGCAAUCAUCGAUCGCGCCACUCCAUCGCUCGAACAACUCGUUCUAUGCUCUGCAACUAUUCCCCGCUCUCUCGACUCAUUCCUUCGCAAACGAUUCCCCUCCAUUAACCGUCUAGUCACACCAAACCUUCACGCUAUUCCUCGACGGGUCCAACUCGGCGUUGUUGAUGUUGAACGUGACCCAUAUCGUAACAAUAAGAAUCUCGCUUGCGCAGACACUAUCUGGACCAUUGGUAAAGCCGCUGCUGAACACGAUGGUCCCGUCAAAGGAGUAAUGGAUGUCAAGCGCAUAUUAGUGUUCGUUAAUGAGCGGGAGAAAACCCAAGAGGUGGCGGAUUAUCUCAAAUCCAAGGGUAUAGAUGCCAUCGCCCUUUCUCGUGAUACUCCCGAGGAACGCCAAAGUGAGAUGUUGGCAUCUUUCACCUCGCCCGCCAGACUCAGCAUGCCGAAACCAGAUUCCCACCCUGGAUCUCUAUCAGACAAUCAACCGAAUUAUGUACCAUUCGGAAAGGUCGCUCCUCCAGUCAAGAGACAAUUACCUAAUACCAAAGUCUUGGUUACUACAGAUUUGGGUUCGAGAGGUAUCGAUACUGUAGCUGUAAGACAUGUCAUUCUAUAUGAUGUACCACACUCUACGAUUGAUUUUAUCCAUCGACUGGGUAGAACUGGACGUAUGGGCAAGAGAGGAAGAGGUAUAGUUUUGGUCGGAAAGGGAGAUAGAAGGGAUGUGGUUAAGGAAGUCAGAGACGGCAUGUUUGAGGGCAAGGCAUUGAUUUAA